AUCAUUCUGAACUCCAUGCACAAGUACCAGCCACGGGUGCACAUUAUUAAGAAGAAGGAUCACACGGCUUCUUUGCUAAACCUGAAAUCGAGAAAAAAAAAGGAAGAGUUCAGGACGUUCAUCUUUCCAGAGACAGUUUUUACUGCUGUUACCGCCUACCAGAAUCAACUGAUAACCAAGUUGAAAAUUGACAGCAACCCUUUUGCUAAAGGAUUCCGGGACUCUUCCAGACUCACUGAUAUCGAGAGAGAAAGCGUGGAGAGCCUUAUCCAAAAGCAUUCCUAUGCCCGAUCCCCCAUUCGAACCUACGGAGGAGAAGAUGAUCUUGGAGAUGACAGCCAGGCAACACAAAGUAGAGGGUCAGCUUUUACAACAUCUGACAACCUGUCCCUCAGUUCCUGGGUAUCCUCCUCAACCAGUUUCCCUGGAUUUCAGCAUCCGCAGUCUUUGAGUGCCCUGGGUACCAGCACUGCCUCCAUAGCUACACCCAUUCCUCAUCCAAUCCAAGGAUCUCUGCCUCCGUACAGCCGCCUGGGAAUGCCUCUCACACCCUCUGCUAUAGCCAGCUCCAUGCAAGGUAGUGGCCCCACUUUCCCUUCCUUCCACAUGCCCAGGUACCACCAUUAUUUCCAGCAGGGUCCUUAUGCAGCUAUCCAGGGACUGCGCCACUCCUCCGCAGUGAUGACACCGUUUGUAUGA